AAGGAUGUAAACAAAACCGGUAUGUUGCUGUUUACAGGAAUGGCUGUUGGAGAAUUUGCUUGACAACAAUCGAAGCAGUUCAUCAAGAUUAACCUCGAGCUAUGUCGACAUUCGAAGAUUCGCUGUUCGAGUUGGCGUGUACAGAACUUGGAAACCCGCAAACUGACGGCUGGGAGUUGUUCGUUGAAUCACAUGACGUUACAAUAUACAGACUUUACACCGAGGCAUCUGGUUUGUACGAGUAUAAGAUAUACGGCUUUAUGAAAGAUGUUCUUCCUGAUGUGUGCGCUAAGGUUUAUAUGGACCUGGAGUACAGAAAACAGUGGGAUUCGUAUGUCAAUGAACUAUAUGAAACUGAUGUUAAUGGAAAGAAGCUGAUUUACUGGAAUAUCAACUAUCCGUUUUUCAUGAGCAACCGAGAUUAUGUGUACAAGCGAGAGCUGCGGGAGAUGACCUAUGCUGGGAUGAAGGCCUGGGUCGUCCUGGCACAGAGUGAGGUGUCGUCCAGUAUACCAGAGAAAUCCGGGGUCAUCCGAGUGGACGACUACAAACAGAGCGCAGUGCUCACGUCAGACGGGGAGCAAGGAACUAAAGCAUUUAUGCAUUAUUAUGAUAACCCUAAAGGAAUGAUUCCGACUUGGUUAAUCAACUGGGGUGCAAAGACGGGAGUGCCUCAGUUCCUUACCAUAAUGCAGAAAGCAUGCCGUGGGUAUCCAGAGUACUUGAGAAAACAACAAGCAAAUGGUUGAUGUUAAUUUCUCAUAGAUGAAAUAUAAUUUCUAUUUUGCAAUCUUUCACCUCAGUCAGGUAACAUACUGACGGAAAGGAGUUUGGGAUCACAGCAGAACUAACACGAACAGCAGAGAGUGACUGCAGACAAAAUCAUAAUCCAUUGUUUCAGAAAAAUCUACAUUUCCUCUGGACACUUAUCGUGAAAAAACGUGGACCGGGCUACCCCAUAAACCGUUCUGUUUACAUAUGACUUUUUUUAAAAAAUCUAUACAUACGAAGAGCUCACCUGUACAUGGCCAAGUUAGGCAAUUGCUAAUUUUUAUUAAAAAUGGCUACAACAAUUAGGUUUUGGCUAAUAUAAUAUUCCUUAAAUUAACCACAUUUCAAUAAUUUUGAAGGAAGGAAAUGUUUUAUUUAACGAUGCACUCAAACACAUUUUAUUUAUGGUUAUAUGGCAUCAGACAUAUGGUUAAGGAUCACAUUGAUAU